AUGUUAAUUCCACAAGCUGACAGAAAAAAGAUUUAUGAACAUUUGUUUGAAGAUGGAGUGUGUAUUGCAAAGAAGGAUUACGUCUCUAAGUCGCAUCCGGAAAUUAAGGGUGUUCGCAAUUUGUAUGUGAUUAAAGCACUUAAGAGUUUGACAUCUAAAGGCCUUGUUAGAGAACAGUAUGCUUGGCGCCAUUACUACUUUUAUUUGAAAGAGGACGGUGUUCCUUAUUUGCGUGAAUAUCUUGGCUUGCCCGAAGAUGUUUUGCCAAAUACGCAUAAACAGCGUACUGAGCCUUCGAGAAUGUCGUAUCCGGAUAAGAUGGGAGGUGGAGGUGCAGGACGAGGUUUUCGUUCUGGUGGCGACGAUCGUGGAGCUUAUCGUACAAUGGGUGAUAAGCAAGCAGAUGCUGGACCUGGCUCUAUGCCUGUUCGUCAAGGAUUUGGUCGUGGAGGGCCGCCAACUUCAGUUCCGACACCGCCACCACAGGAGCCGCAAGGAGGUGACGAUGGAGGAAAUUUUACGACUGGAGAUAGUGGCUGGUAA